GCAAGCUUGUAUCUUCAGGUUUCAACUGAAUUUAGUUUCGAUUUUUUUUCAGCUUUUUACUGUUGUGGGCUGCUUGUCUUAACUCGCUAUCCACUUACUGCUUAUUUCAGUCUUCAAGUGUUCAUCGGUGUAAAAAAAUCGUCGGUCGGUCUGCAGUUCGUGUUUUAAUUAUUUUUGUUUAAAAAUUCGUACUACUUUAUGAAAUUGUCAGACUUCGCAUUUAGCUGGUAUAAAUAACAACAAAUAAAGCUGGAAGUGUUUUUUUCUUAUUAUACUUUAACACGCAAUUUCAUGCGACUGACGCCUCUUAGUUCAAGAGAAAGGAGAAUUGAACACACAAACACCGCAUAAGUGUAUCCGCAACUGAAUACCCUUCAUCCUUCCUUUAUAAAAAAAAAGAAAAAAAAGAAACACAGAAAAGAGAAAAUGGCUAGUGGUAAUAAGUUCUACUCACGUGCCAACUCGAAUGGCAAUGUCACAAAACUACCAGAACGUGGACCAGUGGAGUCCCUCAUUUAUUGGAGAGAUGUUAAGAAAUCUGGUAUUUUCUUUGGUGCUGGACUUGUCACACUGCUCGCCAUAUCAUGCUUCUCCGUCAUUAGCGUUUUCGCCUACCUGUCACUACUGACAUUAGCUGGCACAGUGUCGUUCAGGAUCUAUAAAUCAGUGAUGCAGGCCAUACAGAAGACCCCCGAGGGUCAUCCCUUCAAGUAAGUAAAAUAAGAGAACUAUCUUAAGGAAAUAC